UUGACGGCGUUUUGACAACAGAUUGCUUGCUGUGUGCAGUUUGCGAUGACUGGCAGCGGUCAUUGUGUGCUGCGUGAUGUGACUCUCUGCUCGCCAGUGGGGGAAAUCCUGCUGAGCGGCUGUGAGAAGGGAGUCCACACCAUUAAUAUCAAACUGGGAACAGAUAAGGAUGAGAGUGUAUCCUGUUGUAGUGUAUGCCCUGUUGGCCAGUCAGAAAUGAGCCCUGAGUUACAGUGCUGUGUUGACUGGCUUCAGUGCUACUUCAUGAAACCCGAGUCCCUCAGCACUCUUCCUCUGCCUCCCAUACACCAUCCACAAAUGCAGAGUGAUUCUUUUAAAGCGCAUGUGCUGUGGACUCUGUUGAAGGAAGUGGGGCUUGGGAAAACGGUCUCGUACAAGCAGCUUGCUGAAAUGAUUGGGAAUCCAAAUGCUGUGCGAGCCGUGGGCUCAGCCAUGAAGAAAAACCCUAUUCCACUGAUAGUGCCUUGCCACCGGGUGCUGCGCAGUUCAGGGGCCAGUGGAUCAUACAUGGGAGGAAAGGGAGAUGACAUUAAAGUUUGGUUGCUCACUCAUGAGAAAAAAGCAUUGGAGCUCAAUGCUUCAAAGAGUGAAUAAUCCAUCGGAUGGACCCCAAAAUUUUCAUGCUGCUUCUCAAGU